GAUAUAUCUAGAUAAAUUUUUAGAUAGUUGAAUAAAAUCAUUCUUUUCAUGUAAAAAUUCACCGAUAGGGAAGCUAACGUACCCUCGCCGCCGAUUUAAUUGAAAUGAACGAACCGCAGCCGGUUCGUCGCGUCGCGCGUUUGCUUCGAGAGUGCCGUUGAAGUUAUCGGACUAAUAACUUUUCAUAAAAUAUUCGAUGGAAUUGUAGUUCUACGCGAAAGACUUUGAUAAAUAAUUAGUCCGCGCGCGAUUAUAGAGUAUUAUUCGCGAGUGUUUUACGCGAGUGUCCUGUGCGAGAGGAUGUCAACCCAAUUCUGAGAGGAGGAGGAGAUCUGGAAGAGACAUCAGACAUCGGUGGAGCAACUUUGCGAAUCAUCGUAGCGAUAUUGCAGUUGUAACUCCACUGUUGCGCAUCGGUCGGAACGCAUGAUUGUCAAAGAUCUAUAACUUGUACUAAUGUACUACAUGACGAGUCGUUUGCAUGACGAUGGAAUUACGUACGAAACAGACGUUUGUACGUUCGUAUAGGAUUGAUGACGCGACAAGACGAUGCUACUCGCCAGAAUAUUAUUCGAUCGCUACAGGAUUCCAGGAUGACACACAGGACGAAGUAUUCUCGGAUACAGACAUUGCACGAGAGACUGGUGACAGAGGAUGGGAGAUCCACCAUAUUAAGGUGACCAGAGUCCCAGGUUAUGGCUUUGGAAUAGCUGUGUCAGGAGGUUGUGAUAAUCCUCAUUUCACUAAUGGCGACCCAGCGAUUGCAAUCUCCGAUGUGCUCAAAAACGGCCCAGCUGAAGGCAAAUUACAAGUGAACGACCGUAUUAUCUCCGCCAAUGGAAAAUCGUUGGAAGGCGCCGAUUAUGCAAAAGCCGUGCAGGUUCUGCGGGAUUCUGGUUCUACCGUUUUACUAGUUGUUAAACGAAGAGCUUUCUCGAAUUCACCCAGUUGUUUAGGCAGCGGAGUACCUCAAAGUCACCGGCUUACACUCACGCGAAACAACAAAAAGGAUGACUUCGGCAUAGUUCUGGGAUGCCGAUUGUACGUGAAGGAGGUUACGCGAGAGAAUAUCGGAGUGAAAACCGGGGACGUGUUAACCCGAAUAGGUAGCGUCGCUGCCGACAAUAUGAGUCUGAAGGAAGCUAGAAAGCUGAUGGACCAGUGUAAAGAUAGACUCUCGAUUGUAAUUACGCGAGAUAGCUCGUGCUGUCAUGUGCAGCAACAAGGUAAAGGGGAUAGUGGUGAAUACCUGUCGGGCGCAAGUUACAGUAGUCAGAACUUAUACGUUCCGCCACCCACGAGGCAGCCCUUAGAAGAUAAGAGUAAUCUCGUACCAAGGGGCCGCUCGCGGGGUCCGCUGAUGGACGUAUCCCUGAGUCAGCUAGAUCUACCAGCUACGCCCACCGUGGAUCCACCUAGACCACCUCCACCGAGAGCGGAAGAUUAUUAUAGUACGCGUAGACAAUUGUACGAUGAAGAUUCGGUUUCGCCUCGGACGAAACAGCCAAUGCCGGAUCCUCGAUUCAUUACAUUUCAAAAGGAAGGAUCCGUAGGCGUACGAUUAAGCGGUGGCAAUGAAACCGGGGUCUUCGUAACUGCAGUUCAAGCGGGAAGUCCUGCAUCUCUUCAGGGUCUUCAGCCAGGAGAUAAAAUUCUAAAGAUAAAUGAUAUGGAUAUGAAGGAAGUCACGAGGGAAGAAGCCGUACUAUUUCUUCUUAGCUUGCAAGAACAAAUCGAUCUUAUCGUGCAACAUCGACGUCAGGAAUAUGACCAAAUUGUUGCAUCCGGCAGAGGCGACUCUUUUCACAUAAAAACUCAUUUCCAUUAUGAGCAACCGCAGAAAGGUGAGAUGAGCUUUCGCAGUGGCGACGUCUUUCAUGUGGUGGACACUCUUCACAACGGCGUCGUAGGAUCCUGGCAAGUUUUCCGAAUUGGACGAAACAAUCAAGAGGUACAAAAGGGCAUCAUACCUAAUAAGGCUCGGGCUGAGGAACUUGCAACCGCACAGUUCAACGCUACGAAGAAAGAGAUGAGUGCCAACGAGAGCAGAGGUAGCUUCUUCAGGAGAAGAAGAAACAGUCACAGACGCUCGAAAUCUUUAGGAAGGGACCAUUGGGAUGACGUAGUGUUCUCUGAUAGCGUAAGCAAAUUUCCGGCUUACGAACGUGUGAUCUUAAGACAUCCUGGAUUUGUCAGGCCUGUCGUUCUCUUUGGACCUGUAGCCGAUCUUGCUAGGGAAAAGCUUUUAAAAGAUUUCCCUGAUAAGUUCACUUCGCCACAAAUGGAAAGUCAAAUGGAAGAUGGUACGGGAAAGAACACCAAAACAUCCGGCAUCAUUCGCCUGAGCGCUAUCAGGGAAGUGAUGGACAGGGGCAAACAUGCGUUGCUUGACAUUACUCCGAAUGCCGUGGAUCGUUUAAAUUACGCUCAAUUUUAUCCGAUCGUCAUUUUCCUAAAGGCCGAAACGAAGCAAGUCAUCAAAGAGAUGAGAGCUGGCAUACCAAAAUCAGCCCACAAAAGCAGUAAAAAACUUUUGGAGCAGUGUCAAAAGCUUGACAAGAUCUGGGGACACGUAUUCAGCGCGGUGAUCACGCUCAAUGCACCGGAAGCUUGGUACCGGAAGCUGAGAGAGCUCAUCGAUCGCCAACAGCAAAGUUCGCUGUGGAUGAGUCAAACCAAGCCGGAAGAAGCUCUCUCGGAUGACUUCCUAUUCCCGAUGACUUCUCGCCUCUCCUACGCUUCCUCUCCGGAGAGCGAUUUGGAGCUGAGCCCAGCACCCGUUAUCCCUGGUACUUUGGGUCCACCAUCGCGGUUAAAAAGUAGUUCCGAUCCGAGUAUUGCUACUCAAGACGAUACUACUGCACCGCCACCGUAUUCGACGAAUUAUCAGCAAUCGUUCGAACAGCAGAAGAGAAGAUCCCAAGGAGUAGGCGAUAGUAAAUACGGCUUCUCCUUAUCCGGUCAAAGGAGCAAUCAGUCUGGCUCGCCGGAAUAUCUGGGCAGCUCCUUCGAGCCUAGAUCUCCUCAUCAUAGUCCACCGGACCUUCCACCACGAGUUGAUCGAAAUGCAAAGCCGAUUAAUCAAACGCCACGGGGAACGAUAGGGCGAUCCGCUCAGGAACGUCUAGGAGUGAAUAAAACUGACUCAAUUCUAGAUAUGGGGAAUUACAUCAAUGCGACUCCUCACAAAGCAAAUGCUACAUCAUCUUUGGAACGGGCUCAACCGAAAGCGGGAAGUUACGACAGUAUGUCUUCCUAUGAUUCGUACAACAAUACUAAUGGGAACGCGAACUAUGGGAUAGCGAAUUUAAACACGUCGACAGGUCGUUUGGGCCCAAAUGUACCUGAUGAUCUCAAAAGCAGCAACACACCAGCGAGAGCGCACGAUCCGUAUAGAUUCACUAGAUCUACAGUUCAGCCCAUUUCCACGCAGGACGCUCAAACGCGAACUGAUUAUGCCAAAUAUAGCCGAUCCACCGAUUACAAAUCGAUACCAAUUUCACAAAACAAACCGCCGGGCACUUAUAAACCGAUUCCACCUCCAAAGCCGAAGAAUUACAGGCCACCUCAAGCGUCGCUUGCACAAACGGAGAACAACGGAAACGAUGGGAGUAAUUCAUAUCAACACUCGAAGAGUUAUUCUAUUGCUACGUCACAUGUACAUAAUGGGGUAGAAAGCAACAGUAACGUGCAACGCAACAGCGGUCAGUAUUACUACAACAUCCCGCCACCCGGUCGUCACAACGACGGAAAUAUUGUGAAUUCACAUCACAAUUUAAGUCAUCUUACGUCGCCGACACACAGCCACAGCCUCAGUCACACACAUUCUCACUCAAGUCCACCGGUAACUACCACACAUUCCCACAGCAACAGUACCGGCCAGAUCAGUCUCGGUUUGCCUCAUAACCGGAACAGUACGAAUCACAAUGGAUAUAUGCACGGUAAUAACCACGCUCCCGCAGGUCCGCUCUAUCCCACCGCUAAUCCUGGGCACAAUAGGGAACCCAGCGGUCUGGAUCUGGCUGGUAGCCGAGAGCAAAGAGGAAGCGCUUUCGAACUCUACCGAAAGCCGGUCCAUCAUUACAAUAUGAGGUGAGUGUAGGCGUGAAUAGAGAAGAAUUUACUCGGAAGAGAAAACUGAAGAAUGCAGCGAUAAUCUCGCUCAUAUUUUAAGAACGUGAAAUGAUCGAUCUUGUCCUUUGCACGGGCAUUAAUAUUUUUAAAAGCGCAAAAUCUUGGAAUAUGAAGGAAUUAAAAAAAGAUUCUCCUAUUAAUUAGAAAUAAUAUACGAUGUUAAUUAUGCGAUACAAACCGGUUUUUUUUACUUUUGCAAUCUUUCUUUAGUAUUUUUCAAUCCCGUCGAAUGUAGUUCAGUAGGAAUGUUGUUAUAUGUUACAGUUAACGUGUAUCCUGAUGCAAGACUAAUUAUAUUAGAAUAAAUUAACGAAUUUAUUGGAGUGUGCAGAGGAAUGAAUCGUGCAAUGUUGUAAACAUAGAUAAAAGAAGAAACGAAGUUGUGCGUUAGCUAAUACGUAAUAUUACGAAGAAUAUGUGCCUUUUAAAAAAAUUAAAUUUUGAUUAUAAAAAUAUCAUGACACCAACGAAACGAACGUUUUUUUUUUUUUUACUUAACAAAGUACUUAAAUACGUUAUACACGAAGAACAGAUUUAGAACGA